AUGCAUCUGGUAGCCUUGGGUUUGGCGUCUACUACGAUGGAGAAUGGUUUAACAGCUCUUGGCUUCCAUUACAGCAACCUUUAUGCAUCGCUUACAAAGAGCUGUUCCCUAUUGUCCUCGCCUGCCAUGUUUGGGGCACCAGCUGGGCACGCAAACAUGUAGAAUUUCAAUGUGACAACACAGCCGUGGUCUCGGGCACAUCGAAGGACGAACAGUUAAUGCAUCUCUUGAGGGCACUCUAUCUAGUGAGCACGCAUUACAAUUUCCAGGUCACAGGAAAACACGUCCCGGGGAAAUCUAAUCGAUUGGCAGAUGCGUUAUCACAAUUUCAAAUGACGGAGUUUUUCAAACUGGCACCUCAGGCUGCACCAAAGCCUGUGAUGGUACCAGCAGAAUUGUUG